CGUGAUUAGAAGGUAAACCCAUCAGGAGUCACUGUUACUGCCACUGAAACACGGGUGUGAAGGGAAAUUAAACAUCACCUACAGUUUACUGCAGAAAUGUGCUCUUGAUGCUUCCAGUGUAGAUCUUUAGUUUCACUUUAUCUUGCAGUCACAUUUCUGAGAGCAGCCGCUAUAAGAGAACUUGGGAUGUCGAGCACCUCUCAGAAGCACAGGGACUUCGUCGCCGAGCCGAUGGGGGACAAACCGGUCACUGCUCUAUCGGGCAUUGGAGAUGUUCUGGGCAAGAAGCUGGUGGAACAAGGCUUUGACAAAGCGUUUGUGGUGUUGGGUCAGUUCCUUUUGCUGAGGAAGGACUCCGAAAUGUUCUCCGAGUGGCUGAAGGACGCCAGUGGGGCCAAUUCGAGGCAAGCGGCCUCCUGUUCUCAGUGUCUGACCGAAUGGUGUAACAACUUUCUCUGAAUCUGGUGGCUUCCCCCCCCCCCCCCCCCCCCCCUUCUUCUUCCUCUUCCUUUCAGUACUUUCCCUUGUAGCCAUCAUGGAGCAGUUUUAACCUUUUGAACAAAUAUCAUCUAUGCUUUUUGUCUUCCACGAUUCGCGCGUCAGAAUUAAUGCUACAUUCGAUGUCAUUGUAUUAAAGUGUGUAGACAUAUGGAUGGUUCUUAAUAGAAUAUUCAGCUGACUUUAAAGAAUAAAGUUUGGAGAGAAUUUUCAGCCGGUUUCAGCGACUUAACCCAAUGACUUACUUGUCGCUUGAUUUUGAUUCUCAGUUUGAGGGGUGGUGGUGGGGGUGGGGGGACCCUCCAAAUGACCAAUCAAGUUAAAUUUGAAUCACAUGUAAAGGGGGAAACAGCUGAAAUACUGGGAGUACGGUUUAAAGGUGUGCUCUUGAUCCACCAUGUGCUAUUUUCGCUCGAACGCUUGACUCAAAAUGCACUUGAUUUUACCCAACGAAUGAAAAUGGGCAAGUUUGAACAGGGAAACUAGUGAAAUGAGGCAGUGCAUAGGAUUGAGAAAUGCUGCGACAUGUCUUUGUUGCUAGAGUCUCCUCUGAAAGUGUUAGCAAGGCGAAGCCAGUGUAUCGCAAUAAACAAAAGCGCUGGCCUUGCUGUUCUGUAUACGCUUUUAAGUGCAAAUACAUAUGUUUACAUUGUAUUUAGUUGUUAAAAUAGCAUAUGUAUGAGUAAAUAUUGUACAAAUCACAUA